GAUCUGUUUGUCUGUUAGUUGGAGAAAAACCAACAUGCAGCUGAGGAAAGCUGAAGGAGGAACAUCAUCACCUGCAGAAGAAACAUGCAGAGAUCAGCAACAUGAAGAAAGAACCAGAGACAAGCAAACCACAUCCUGAGAAAUCUCAGACAAGUUUUGAGGAACAGAAUAAGAGCGGCUCAGCCAAUCACAGCUCAAACACAGAUGACAUCACUGUGGUCGAGGUCGAGAAAAAUGGCAACUAUAUCUGUCUGAAAAACACUUCCAGUGAGAAUAAACUUUUGUCAGGUUGGAAGUUAAAACUACAGAUCAACAACAGAGAAAGUGCCACAUACGAAUUUAAAGAAAACUUUAUACUGAAAGCUGGAGAGACACUCCUUUUACGGCAAGAUGCUGUCAACAAGCCAAUUAAAACUGAUGCUGACCUGCUGUGGAUGAACAUGGUCAACUGGAACAUUGGAGACGACGUGAAGAUCGACCUCAUCAGCAACACUGGAGAAGAACAGAUGCUGUUUAAAAACAAGAUCAUGUAAAAUAAUCAGAGUUACUUUUCUGAGGGAUAAAUUAAGUAAGAGCAUUAUUACAUUUUAUAUAUUUCAUAUUAUUUUAUGUCAGUUAAAAAUUUUGUGGUUUUAUUGAAUUAAAAAUAUGUAAAUAAAAAUAUCUUUAAAAAGAGUCUUUAUUAUUUAGAGGUGCAACACAAAUAUAGUUUAACUGCAAUGAUGUGGACAAAGGUGAGACUUCGCUGUGUGUUUUAAAGCUGAAGGUACAUGAGUGAGAACUUCACAAAGAGAAAAUCUUACAAGAUCUCAAGAUCUUUUUUUCUGUUUUACUUUGAAAAGUGAUUAUUAUUUUUUUUUUAAAACAUAAGUCACAGCGACUACUCCCUAGUUGACUAUUUGCAUUAGAGACGUAAUUUUUUUGUUUUCCAUUCUUUAGCACAGAUUAUAGAACAGGAGGUGUUUUGUAAUUAGCAUAGUUAACGUCAUCAAGACAAGAGCGCUGAAUCCAAAGUAGAACAAACAACAGGUUGUUGUACUUUGGAUUGAUGACGGGCCGAGCACUUCAAGUCCUGAUAUCAUCAUCCAACAUCAUAACAUCGUACAGCUAAUAUCCUAAAGUAACAGUUAAAACAGUGCUCAGGAUAAUUGCAUUUGAGUAAAGCACUCUUUGAAGGCAGCACUGUUUUAAGAUGUAGUUCACCAACAUCAGAUAUGCUGCACUUGUGCCAUCCUUCAUCAGAUAUGGAAACACUGUGGCUCACCAUAUCUCCUGUUAUUCUGUUGUCUAUAAGAAGUGUAUCUUUAUA